CGCCUAAACUGGCUCGGACUGGUUACUAAGUCGACUGCAUUUUGCCCUGCUGGGGUCGACUGACACUGACAAAGGCAUGACAAGAGAAGCCUGGAGAAGGAUCCACGGGGGCCCGUAUAACAUAAUCCAGCGGGAAGAAAAAAGAAGAGAGAAAAAAAAAGGAAAUGGAAGAAGCAGAAGAAGAAAAAGCUCCGAGUCAGCAGAUGUCUUGCUUUCGGUCCUUUCCCGUCCACAGAACGCGGUUGCUCGGAAUCUGCAUAGUCCCCAUGACCCUUUUCUGUGUAUGCAUAUGCAAAUCUCAUCCGUCUGGUGCUGAUUCAGCGGCGCUUCUUCGCUGUCACGGUCCAUCUUGUCAUGCAAGAGUUGACAAAACAAUCACGCAUAAACACCAGAUCACCACCCAUCUCCCCAUCCGUCCUCCCAUCCCACCUCCCGCAAUACGCCUCGGGUCCCCCGGAAUAGAGUUCAACGGCCUCUUUUCCUAUUCUGCCCUUCUCCAGAUUCUUGUGCCAUCCAUCACACGACAUACAGGGCCCUUUGAGGUCGAAUCAGACAAGCGGGCGUGUGACAGACCCGGAUCCCGCAAAAGGCCACAAUCCCCAGUUAUUUGGAAACAGAAAAAAGUCGGGCUGCCGAAGAAAGGCCAGAGAGUUUCAGCCCGUCUUUGCCUCCACCAUGGUAUUUCCACAGUUGCACAGUUCAAUUGAGCCUCCAAUUGCAGAGAUCUGCCUCGUAAUUCGCCGUCGGAUUCGCCUAUUGCCGCCACGCACGUGCGGCGCUGUCCGAAUGCCAGAGUGGCAUUCCUAGAUCGACAGUGUGGUCAAGACACUGUCAAAAACAACGUUUAAGCGCCGCCUCUCGUGGCAGCCACCUCUACAAGAGGCUCUGCUCUAGCCAAUGCUUAGCCUUGUGUCCGCAGCUCAGCUUGUCUUGCUUGUCCCAAUUCUUCAAUUUAUGCCCAAUAUCUUGGAAAGCCACAGCAUACUUGAUUAGUGCCGAUACCAUUGCAAGAUCGUCGAUGCCUCUUCUGAGAACCGAUUCAGCCAGCCACG